UGUUUCGAAUUUUGAUCCCAGUAUCCACGAUGUGGACUCUUGGUUUAGUGAGGUUGAUCGGGCUAAACUUGUAAACAAAUGGAAUGAUCGUGAAUGUCUCUCGCGUAUAGGGAACUGUUUAAAGGGUGAUGCUAAAUCAUGGCUUAACGAGUGGGUUUCUAACGACCGAACAUGGACCAAUUUUAAAAACGAUUUUAAAUCUUUGUGUGUUAAAAAAAUCGAUUCAGCCGGUAUAUUGUUUGAGGUCAUGUCCAGUAACUCUGAUAAAUUUCGUACCUAUGCCGAAUAUGCACGCCGGACGCUGUUGCGGUUGCGUAUAGUAAAGGGCCUCAGUGAUGAUUUGAUUACGGAAAUUGUUUUGCGUGGUAUUAAUGACCCUCAAAUAAAAGCAGCCGCAACAAACGCAAACUUAAAACCUGCCGAUUUAGUAAACUAUUUAUCUGCUUUUAUAAAACCGUCAACGUCUAAUAACCGCGCCGGUCGCCAAGGUACUUUUAAACGUGAUGGUAUUGUGAAAGCCCAUGGAUUUAAGAGUGCGUCACAAGGACCAAAAUGUUACAAUUGCGGUGAGUUUGGUCAUAGGCAAGCGUCGUGCCCUAAACAGUCAAAACCUUCUGAGUCAGGAUCCGCCGAGCAGAAUCCUAAUAAAAUCAAUUCCCCUGAUCCUAAAGCUAGUAGAAAUCCAAGGUGAUGUUGUUUUUGUGAUAAAGUACGCCCAAUCUAAAGGAAAACUUGACCACGGAAUGCGUGGUCCAUAUCGAGUGGUGCGAGUACUUCCUCACGAUCGCUACGAGUUGAAACUUUUAGCUGCUUCGUACGGGAAAACAACCUAUGCUGCUGCUCAAUACAUGGUUCCUUGGAUGGGUGAAUGGACUCCCGAAUCAUGUUCUGGUUUUUUUGAGGGAGAUGUUAACUCAGAGUAUGAUGACGCAGAGCUAAUGCGGCCAGAUCAGCUUCAACCUGAAACUGUAUCAGCAGACGAGCCAGUGCCAGGGCCUUCCACUGAACCGCAUAACCCGGAAGUGGAAUCUCCACGAAGCGACACUAUAAUUGAAAUACACGACUGAGUGUUUUAACCCGACGGGGACGUCAGGGUAUCAGGAGAGGCCGUGUUAGGAGUCUUAAAUUUAAGUUGUAGUAGGGGUAUGACAGUUGACAGUAUAAAAGGGUGGUGGGAGGAAACCUGCUCCCUCUUGACUGACAACUGUCGUGCAAGGUAGACGUAGGAUAGCGUGUUCUGUUUACUUUUUGUUGUUAAUUAUUAUCUUAGCUUACCUUGUUUUUUUAAUAUUAGAAAUAUGAUUUGUUGUUUGUUUGUAAAACUCCUAAAUUAUCAAUAAAUAAUCUUGUUCAAAUCUAACUCGU